CACACACACACAACAAUGGGAAAAUUCACUUCCUACUUCCUUCUUUUUUCCCUCUUUUUCUCCAACUUUAUUGCUUCAAGCCUUGGAAAAAAGCAAAGUGAAGUUCUUGGAAAAUUUUACAAGGCAAAGCAGGAUUCAGCCUUUGGGAAGAAUUACUAUAAGGCGGCAGCCGUUGAAAAUGUAGAAUUGGACAAAGUUAUUCAUCCACAGGAGGGAUUAAAAGAAAAAGAUUGGAUCAAGAAACUGCCUGGACAACCACCAGUAAAGUUCCAACAAUAUGGUGGCUAUGUUACUGUCGAUGAAUCUGCUGGCCGUGCUUUAUACUAUUACUUCACUGAAGCUGAGAAUUCCAAGUCAUUGCCUUUGCUUCUCUGGCUUAAUGGAGGUCCUGGAUGUUCAUCUAUUGCAUAUGGGGCCAUGGAGGAGGUUGGUCCAUUUAGAGCUAAUAGUGAUGGGAAAACGUUACAUAGGAAUCAUUAUGCAUGGAAUCUUGUUGCCAAUGUGUUGUUUUUGGAGUGUCCUGCUGGAGUAGGAUUUUCAUAUACAAAUACAAGCAGUGACCUCAAUAAAACUGGAGAUAGUAGAACUGUUAAUGAUAAUGUUGUGUUUUUACUCAAUUGGCUCGAGAGAUUUCCCGAGUACAAGAACAGAGAUUUUUACAUUUCUGGUGAGAGUUAUGCUGGACAUUAUGUUCCUCAAUUGGCACAUGCAAUUCUUCAGCAUAACAAGCUAUCAAACAAGACUCUUAUCAAUCUCAAAGGAAUAAUUAUUGGGAACGCAGUGAUCAAUGAUGACACAGACAUCAUAGGAACGUACGAAUUCUAUGCAUCUCAUGCUCUAAUUUCCGAUGAAACGUUCCUUGACAUCAAAAAAUAUUGUUUCGACUAUAACUACAAUAAGAGCAACUGCAAUGAAGCAGUUGCAGUUUCAAACAACAAUUUGAAUCAUAUUGACAUUUACAACAUUUAUUCCCCCCUUUGCAAGGAUGGAAAUCUCACGAAAUACCCGAAAGUACCAUCACCAUUAGUGUUUGAGCCCUGCUCCGACCAGUACGUUCAUGCUUAUCUGAACAGGCGGGAUGUUCAAGAUGCACUCCAUGCCAAUGUUACGAACAUCAAAUAUGAUUGGGAAUCUUGCAGUGAUCCACUCUUUCACAACUGGAAAGACAGCCCGGCAACUAUAAUUCCUCUCCUCACAGAGUCUUUGGAAAACGGUGUUCGAGUUUGGAUUUUCAGUGGUGAUAUAGAUGGAGCAGUUCCUGUAACAUCUACGAAGAAAUCCAUAAAAGCAAUGAACCUUAUAAUUGAUCAACCAUGGCGCUCUUGGUUAUCUGGAGGAGAGAUUGGAGGAUAUGUUGAGACAUAUAAAGGAGGUCUAACAUUUGCAACAGUAAGAGGCGCGGGACAUGAAGUUCCAAGCUACCAACCUGCUAGAGCCCUUUCCCUUAUUUCUCACUUCCUUUCGGGCACACUACUCCCUGGAAAUCAUUAAUCUAGCACAUCCUUUAUUUAUUUAUGUAAUGAAGAAUUAU